AUGAGUUUGGGGAAACUCUUCCAUUACAGUUUUGAUAUUGUUGUUAUCUCUAUUAUUCUAGCAGGUAUUAAGAGUUCGACGGGUUACGAAUUAAGGGUGGAUUCUAUCGCUCAUACAAAAGACUCGAUCUCUAUUCUUCGCAAGUAUCUCAAUUUGGGAGAAACAUUGUUCUCUCGGUGCUGUUCGUAUGCGAAAUCCAGCAAAUCUUUCCGAAUGGUGAUGCUACCGGGUACUCAGCAAGUAAAGGACGCUGUUAAUGAUGCAAGGAAGAAGUACGACAAACGUCAAUAG